UGUUUACAAAAGACCAGGUUUUCUCAGUCCUCUGCUCCACGUUAUCUUUCACCUCACUAUCCCACCUUUUACACGGCCUCGGCUCCUGAGAAGCCUCGGGGUGUACUGAUAGCUUUCAAAUGCAAUCUCCCUUUUGUCUGUGCUAGGAAUAUAGCGGACCCCACGGGCAGGUACGUAUUUACUUCUGCAAGGCACCUUCUGGGACCAGGAGGUUACUUUUCUCUCUUACUACGCGCCUAAUCGUUUUCAACACAAAUUCUUUUCGCAUCUUUGCACCAUUGUUUCCCGACACUCCAAGGGUCUUCUUCUUGUUUUGGGAGAUUCAGAUGUUGCUUUGGAUUCCACAUUGGAUAGGCGCUACACACGGGGGGCGGCCCCUUCUCACGACUUAGUGCUGGAGGAACGUAUGCGCUCUCUCUUGUGGAUGGCGGGGCUGGCGGACGUCUGGAGGGAACUUCACCCAACUGAGCGCGACUUUACAUUCUAUUCCAAUCCUCAUGACAGUUUUUGUAGUAGAAUUGACCAUAUAUUCAUGCAUGCUCAGCAGCUUCCCUUGGUCCGGCGGAUUACUAUUCCCUCCUCACCCUGGUCGGACCAUGAUCCCUUGGUACUCCUCCUGGCCCUCUUUGGGUUAGAACGGCGCCCUUUUCAUUGGCGCAUCAAUGACUCUUUAUUGACCACUCUGACUACCUACCAACAAAUAGAAUUUUUCUUACGAACAUACUUCACGGAAAACUCGGGAUCGGUCUCUUCGGCUGUGCCCCUAUGGGAGGCGCAUAAGGCCACGGUGCGGGGUCAUGUUAUACAGCUGGCGGCGGUCCGGAAGCGGGAGUGGGAGCAUCGACUUUUGGAGCUUCAUUCUCUCCUGGCCUCUGCGGAUGCGCGUUGGAAGUCAUCUCCAUCCGCAGCCCAUAAACGCUCUCGGGACGCUCUGGCAGCAGAGUUGGACCUACUUGCCUCUUGGGAGGCGGAACGGGCCCUGCGUUGGACCAAACACAAAUUUUAUUCCUGUGCUAAUAAGCCGGGCCCGAUGCUGACCAGGAAACUCAAUUCUGUGGGGAAACCCUAUAAACCGAUCCGACUGUGACUUCCUAUAGGUGACUGUAAUUCUAAUCCCCAGCAGAUUGUUUCCUGUUGCUCAGACUUCCUUUCGCGCCUCUACGCUAAACCAGCUCCCUUCCCCGUGGCUCAAGCAGAGGCAUACUUUCAAGAUCUCCAACUUCCUGGGUUAUCCGAGGCAGCACAGGUGGCCCUCAACGCCGGUGUCACCGUACCGAAAGUGCUCCAAGCUAUCAAAUCUUUACGGUCCACCGCGGCCCCAGGUCCCGACGGCUUCUCUGGUCUCUAUUAUAAGAAAUUCUCAGCCCUGUUGGCACUCUUUUUGGCUGACUAUUUUAAUGAGUUACAACAGGGCUCCUUGCCCUCUCCAGAUGCACUUAGAGCGCAUAUCGCCAUGAUUCCUAAGACGACCGAUGAUGUACAGGAACCGCAAGCCUUCCGGCC